AUGGCUUCUUUAUUGAGGCCGAUUAUCAUCGGUUUUAUUUUAUUUUUGUCAAUUGUUAAUCAUAUUGAAACUCGAACAGCACAAAAUGAUAAUGAUGACGAUUCGAAUGUCCGAGUGAAAAGACAACUUAAUAGAUCGAAGAAAGUUCCAUCAAGACCAGCUCGAUCGGAAGAUGGUGAAGAUACAUAUAUUCAAGGCUCAGAAUGUAAAGGUUGUGGUCCACGACGUGAUUGUCAAUGUCCAGGAAAGGGUGCUAUGGGUAUCUCUGGUCCACCAGGCUUUCCCGGUGUUCCAGGUGACCGUGGAUUAAAAGGUCCAUCAGGACGAACAGGCAAUCAAGGUAUUCUAGGUGAAAAAGGUGAUCGUGGUAUAUAUGGCGCUAAAGGCGAACGAGGUGAUGAUGGUUUAUUGCCUAUUGAUGGUCAAAAUGGUUUUCCUGGACAACCUGGUGCUAUGGGUCCACGCGGUAUUCCCGGUGUGCCAGGAUGUAAUGGUAGCAAGGGUGAAUCUGGUGAAGAUGGACGUGGUUUUGGAGUAGGAACUCCAGGUUCUCCUGGUUUACCCGGUAGAGUUGGUGAACCAGGUGAACCAGGUGAAACAAUAGGUAAUGGUGGUAUCGUAAAGGGACCACGUGGUGAUCCUGGUUUUCCCGGUUCGCCAGGUGUUGUUGGUUGGCCCGGUUCACCAGGUUCUCCUGGUAUACCAGGUUCCGUGGGACUUCCAGGAUCAGAUGGUUCACCUGGAUUAAGAGGAGAUGCAGGAUCGCCAGGAUCAGCUGGUCCAGCAAGUUAUGGUGUCAAAGGUGGACGUGGUGAACCAGGUGAUAAUGCUCCUACACCAGUAGAUACAAAUCAAUAUAAUUAUUUCCGAGAUCGAAUGUGUGGAAAUAGACCCUGUCUUACGGAUAUACAUGGACCACAAGGUUCACGUGGACCAGCUGGGGAUCGUGGUUAUAAAGGUGAACGUGGUCAACAAGGAUAUUUUGGUAUCGAUGGUUUACAAGGACCUAAAGGAGAAAAAGGUGAUUUUGGUGCACCUGGUCCACAAGGUAAAUUUGGUAAAGAAGGUCCACAAGGUUCAUUUGGUGUCAAAGGAACAACAGGACCACCAGGUCCACCUGGAGGUGAUGGCCUUCCUGGCGAACCUGGCCGAAAUGGAUAUCCUGGUCCAAAAGGUCAACGUGGUGACAUUGGUGAACAAGGUCCAAAUACUUAUGGUGCUCAACGAGCUCAAUCACUUCCUGGAGCACCGGGCUAUCCGGGAAUGACAGGUGAUCCUGGAUCAAAUGGAUUUGCAGGAGUUCCUGGUUUACCUGGUUUCCAAGGUAUGAAAGGUGAACAAGGUGAUUAUGGUUCACCUGGUCGACCUGGUCCUAUGGGAGACACAGCUGAUGCCGAAAAGGGUGAUCGUGGUUUUGAUGGUCGUCCUGGUCCUCCUGGACUACCCGGUUCUGCUGGUACACCCGGUGACAAGGGUGGCAUUGGUGAUAAAGGACUUCCUGGUGAAGAAACAUACGGACCACGUGGAAGUUCUGGUCUUCCCGGUCGUAUUGGAUAUCCCGGUUCGAUGGGACAGCCAGGUGAUAUGGGUGAACCAGGUCCACCAGGCAUUCCUGGUGAUGGCAUUCACGGAUACCAAGGAUAUGGUCCAUCUGGUCCACAAGGAUACCCCGGUCGACCAGGUGAACCCGGCCCACCUGGCUAUCCUGGUGUUUCUGGACUAAAAGGUGAUGCUGGUGAAUCCGGUGGUUGUGGAUAUUGUCCACCUGCUGUUGCUGGUCUUCAAGGUGAUCGUGGUAGUCAAGGUUAUCGUGGACGACCAGGUUUAAAUGGUCCACCCGGUUUUCGAGGCCAAAAAGGUGAUACAGGAACAAGUGGACCACGUGGAUCUGAUGGUUUACCUGGACCGGAUGGAAUUCCGGGUCGAAAUGGUUAUCCAGGUAUUCCAGGACGUAAAGGUGAAUCUGGUGAUUUGAUUGGUGCUGAUGGUAUUAAAGGUCGUAGAGGACUAGAUGGUGAACCUGGUGUUAAAGGUUAUCAUGGUGACGUUGGUGAACCUGGUAUUAAUGGACGUGAUGGUUAUGAUGGUGCUCCCGGUGCUCCUGGCCCACGAGGUGCUUGGGGUGAUAUUGGACGUGCAGGAAGUCCGGGUACUUCAGGACCGAAAGGUCCACGAGGUCAACCUGGACCACCAGGACAGAUAUUUGCAAGUGGCCCACGUGGUGACAUCGGUGAUCAAGGUCCACCAGGAAAAAAUGGCCGACCUGGUCUUCCUGGUCUACCUGGUGAUGAUGCACCAAUGUUACUAGUACCACCUGGUCCACCCGGUAUUAAAGGUUAUCCUGGAGAUGCCGGUGAUUCUGGUCUACCUGGUGCUCCUGGUUUACCUGGCCGAGAUGGUUCACCUGGGGCUAAUGGUUUACCUGGUACACAGGGUGAAAGUGGUCGACCUGGUCUUCCCGGUUUACCAGGCGAAAAUGGUGUUAAAGGUUAUCCUGGUCUUGAGGGACGAACUGGUCUUGAUGGACGACCUGGCGCUUCCGGAGCGAAUGGAUUAUCUGGUGCACCUGGUAUACCUGGUGCCAAAGGUCAACGCGGUGAACCUGCUAUUGCAACAAUUUCUGGACCACAAGGUUUCCCAGGUCCAAAGGGUGUGGGUGGUGAACGUGGUUCGCCUGGUUUGCCAGGAGCUCGCGGUUUACCUGGUGCACGUGGUAUGCCUGGCACAUUAGGCGCAAAUGGUAUUCCAGGAUACGCUGGUCCGCAAGGACUUAAAGGAGAAAGAGGUGGUACAGCACCUGGUUUAUUUGGUGAUGUUGGUCUUCCUGGUGCUCGUGGUCGAGCUGGACGUCCUGGCGCAGCUGGAGCUCCAGGUGGCCCUGGCCAAGUUGGUUAUCGCGGUUUACCUGGUGAUACGGGUCUUCCUGGUGCAGAUGGAUCGCCAGGCUUUCCAGGUCAACCAGGCGAACGUGGUGAUAAUGCAGGUCCUGGAUAUCCCGGUUUGACUGGAAUGAAAGGUCGCCCUGGUUUUCCUGGUGAACGUGGAUUACCUGGCACUCCUGGUGCAAAUGGUUUUCCAGGUUUACCAGGUCCUAAAGGAUAUCAAGGUGAUGCUGGAGAACCAGGUAUGGGUGGUGGUCAAAGUUUACCAGGUCGAAAAGGAGAAAUUGGUAAAUAUAUAUAAAUAAGAUAGAAAAGAAGAAGAAUUUUUUUUUGUAUUGUAGGAGAGACUGGUA